CCGAUGCAUCGGUGUUGCCAGACCCAUCACUAGUGUUUAGUUUGAAGUAUUAUCGUAGUAUGACGUUGUAGGCUUGAAUAACAACUAUUUACACUCAUCUACACACGAAUACAUCAACCGAAGAAGAAGAAGACAAACCUUCUUGUUGUCGUCUGCUUGAGGCGAUGCGUGGGUGGUGGUGGCGGCGGCGUGGAGGUGGAGGUGUGCGAUGGCACCAUACGGCAACACAGGCGCUGCUGCUGUACCUGCUGACGUUCUGCGUGCUGCUUCCUCUGUGCUGCCAUCGCCUGCUCUACUCCUACUACUUCCUUAGCUCCGCCUACUUGGACGCCAUGAGCGAGGACGCCCUGCAGGAGAGCUUGCGGCGAGGUCAGGAGGCGCUGAGCUUCUGGCAGAGCUCCCCUCCCGCCUUCACCGACGUGGCCCCCGAGCCCCAGCUGCUGGUUACCGUGGUGACGGCGCCGCGCGGCGAGGGGCGGGACUUCCACUACCUGCUGCAGGUGAUGCGUCGGCUGAGCGAGCUGCUGGGCGGCUGCGGGGAGCGGCGCUGCGCGGAGGUGGUGCUGUGCGACGUGGACGGCGGCGAGGGAAACGAGGACGCCAAACUCCUGCGGGGGAAGUUCCACGUGAUCGGCGGGCGAGAGCGGCGGCGGGAAGACGCGAACACGUUUGAGCGGGAAAAGAAGGACUACGCCUUCUGUCUGCGCCAGGCCUUCCGCUCGCUGCGGCCCAGGAACAUGGUGGUCCUGGAGGACGACGCCCUGCCCCGCCACGACUUCUUCGGCGUGCUGGCAGACCUGCUGAGUCGGCGCUUCGCCGCUCACACGCUGUACGUGAAGCUGUACCACCCUGAGAGGCUGCAGCGCUACUGGAACCCUGAACCAUACCGCAUCCUGGAGUGGUGUGGCCUGGGCCUGCUGGGUGCCAGCCUCAUGCUCCUCACCCUGCCCUCAUGGACCUUCUGUUUCUCACACCUCCUGCUGCUCGCCAUCUACGUCAUGGCCGCCGUGGAGCUGCUGGGCCGCCAUUACCUGCUGGAGCUGCGCCGCCUCUCCCCUCAGCUCUACGCCGUCUCCCCCGCCACCGAGUGCUGCACGCCCGCCAUCCUCUACCCCGGCGACGCCUCCCUGAGGGCGGCCCACUACCUGGACGGCGCCUUCUGCAGCCCGGGCAACGCCAAGGACAUGCUGCUCUACCACCUGGCCCGCAGUGUGGCGGGGGAGCGCGCUCACAGCGUAGAACCCAACCUGGUCAGCCAUAUUGGAGCCUUCUCCUCCAUCAGGCUCAACCCUGCCAGACCCAAACUGCUGUGACCUGACACAUACUACUGGUUUCCAUGGCAACACUGAAGUCUGUGUGUGUGUGUGUGUGUGUGUGUGUGUGUGUGUGUGUGUU